GUGAAGCAGAGUCCCCCGUCCUCUCCUCCACCCUCUCGGACCCUCCCUUUCUUCCAGGUUUUUGGGGUUUUUACUUUUCCUUCCUGCAGCCUGGUCGUCUCUUUGCUGUGGACGUCUUUCCUUCUCCCCACGUCUCCUUCUCCUCCCUCCGUCCUCCGGUUUGUGGGCGAUGCUCUCCUCACCCACUGUGAUCCUCCAGCCUUACGGACUCCCCGUCUACCCUCAGACCACCACAUGCUACCCCAGCAUCGUCCAGGGGGGCCCCUCCCAGGAGGCGGGCCCUGGCAGCGCUGACCCCGCCCUCUCUCAGGUGUAUGCCCCGCCUCCCUCCUACCCUCCACCUGGUCAGGGUCCUCCGUCGUCGGCGGGUCGACUCCCGGCUCUGGACUUUGGCUCGGCCCACCAGAGCUCCGAGUAUCCAGAACACCCCCAGCUCCGGGUCUACCAGGGGCCCCAACACGAGGGGCCCGAGGGCCUGACCCCCAGCAGCUCGGAGGACGCCUUGGCUCCGGUGACCUCCGACCCCCAGAGCCUCAGCGUGUCAUCAGGGGGCGGGGCAGGAAGUGGAGGUGAGGAGGAGGGCUCAGGUAAGGGCCAACCCAAACGCCUCCACGUCUCCAACAUCCCGUUCCGCUUCAGAGACCCGGACCUCCGCCAGAUGUUUGGGCAAUUUGGAAAGAUCCUUGAUGUGGAGAUAAUCUUCAAUGAGCGAGGCUCAAAGGGAUUCGGAUUCGUCACUUUUGAGAGUGCCACCGAGGCCGACCGAGCGAGAGAGAAGCUGAACGGAACCAUCGUAGAAGGACGGAAGAUCGAGGUGAAUAACGCCACGGCCAGAGUAGUCACCAAGAAGCCCCAGACGCCUCUGGUCAACGGGGAAAUAUCCACUUCUGGGUGGAAGAUCAACCCGGUGAUGGGGGCGAUGUACGCACCUGAGCUCUACACAGUCGCCAGCUUUCCGUAUCCCGUAGCGACGCCCACGUUGGCCUAUCGGGGCUCGGCGCUGCGAGGUCGAGGUCGAGCCGUCUACAACACGAUUCGCUCCGCCGCGACCACACCUGCCGCUGUCCCCGCCUACCCAGGGGUGGUUUAUCAGGACGGACUCUACGGAGCUGAAGUCUACGGAGGUUAUCCUGCAGCGUACCGAGUCGCUCAGUCUCCGUCUGCAGCCACAGCGACCUACAGCGACGGAUAUGGACGAGUUUAUGCCACAGCUGCAGAUCCUUAUCACCACUCAGUCGGACCGACGACGACGUACGGAGUUGGAACCAUGGCCAGUUUGUACCGAGGAGGUUACAACCGCUUCACUCCAUACUGAGCUGUGAUUGGCCGAUCUGUGGACGAACCUCAGAACAAACUGGAAUAAUCGUCUCCUGUAGAGACCGAAACACAAACUAUUCUAAUUUAUGGUUUUACUGCUGGAAGAUACUGUGAGAUGUUUGAUAUCUGAGAUUCUUCAGGGGUUUGAAGUGUACGAGGAUCGUUCCACAACUGGAGGACGUUUCAAAAUCACCCUUCUAUCUUGCAGUUUUCUGCUCCAUAUUGAUCAAUAAUAGGUAUUGAUUGGCUCAUUUUUAUUCCAUGUUUCUGUAUUGUUGCUAACCCUACUCUAAUCCAUGCUAAUGUGAUCUUUUUCUCAGCAGUAGAAGCUAGAUAUUUAGCUAGCUGUUACUGCUGACCACUGAUGGAAAACAGUCCAAAGAAUUAGACACAAAACGACAAAAACAAGACACAAAACACACAAACGAGACAGAAAAUGACAAAAACGAGACACAAAAUGAAAAAAAUUAGACAUAAAAUAACAAAAAAAGAGAGAAAGAAACAAAAAUUAGACAGAAAAAUGACAAAAACAAGACACAAAACACAAAAACGUCCGAUUUUACAUUUCCACAGCUGCAUGUUUGAGUUUUCUGGAUUAUUUGAGGCUUGCUGUAAAACGUCCUCCAGUUCUGGAUCAAUCCUAAAACCACAUUUUGUACGAUUUAAAUGACUUCUUGUUGAUGCAGUUCUGGACUUUCUGAGCGUGUGUGUUUGUGUGUGAGUGAACAUGAGGUUCUGAAUCCUCUGGAUGUUCUCUAGUGGUUCGAACUAUCUACCUCUGCUAGCUUCAUGUUUAGUUUCCUGUUCCUCCAUCGGUGCCUUUUUAACGCUCAUUUUCUGACCACUUCCUGCUUCUUUUCUCUCGUUUUCUUCCGUUUCCACCUCGGAUCUGUUGAUUUUUUCCUUGUAUCGCCGGAAUUCUUCUCGUCUUUCGUUCUUUUCUCUGCUUUGUUUGACGUUUUCCCUUGAAAUAAACUGUUCUUCUUCUCUUA